AUGCACAACGCUACCGACGCUGGAACGUACGACGAACCCCCUCCCGACGUGAUCAACGAGGGUGUCCCGAACGCACCCUUCUACCAACCCCUCACCGACCCUUCGCCCGGAACGGCUCUCUCCGCCGACGAAUGGCCGCAGAACAAGGACCUGCCGACGCUCUUCAAGCCCCUCGAGUUCGGCAAGGACGUCAAGCACACGCUCAAGAACCGCGUCAUUGUCGCGCCGAUGUGCCAGUACUCCUGCGAGGCGGACGGCAUCGAGGCGGGCGUCUUGACGCCGUGGCACCUCGUCCACCUCGGGUCGUUUGCCACUCGCGGAGCCGCACUCGUGAUGGUGGAAGCGACGUCCGUCCUUCCCAAUGGCCGUCUCUCGCCGCAGGACUCGGGUCUCUGGAACGAUAGGCAGGCUUCCGCCCUGAAGCCCAUCUUCGACUUCAUCCGCAUGCAAGGCUCGAUCCCCGCUAUCCAGCUCGGACACGGCGGACGCAAGACCUCGACUCUGGCACCCUGGCUCGACGCAUCCACGAUCAAGCCGCACCUCAAGUCGCACAUCGCGACCAACGGCGCAUCUGGCUGGACCGACAACAUCUGGGGACCCUCGGCCGUCUCGUACGACGAGAAGACGUUCCCGAUGCCGAAGGAGAUGAGCGAGAAGGACAUCGAUGAGCUCAAGGAGGCGUUCAGGUCGGCGACCGCGCGCGCUGUCAAGGCGGGAGCGCAGGUCAUCGAGCUGCACGGCGCUCACGGCUACUCCAUCCACAAUUUCCUCUCGCCCGUCAGCAACACCCGCACGGACAAGUACGGCGGCUCGCUCGAAAACCGCAUGCGUCUUCCCCUUGAGAUCCUCGACAUCAUGCGCCAGACCGCGCCGAAGGAGGUCUCAAUCUGGCUGCGCAUUUCGGCGACGGACUGGUGGCCCGAAGGCGAGGAGAAGGACGGAGAGUACAUCUCGUGGGGAAUCGAGCAGUCGAAGGAGUUUGUCAAGGAGGCUAUCAAGCGCGGAGUUGAUGUCGUCGACGUCUCGUCAGGCGGCAACACGCCGCGACAGGACAUCAAGAUCAAACCGGGUUAUCAGGUCGACUUUGCGGCGCAGAUUCGCGAGUCGCUCUCGGAGGAGGAGCGCAUUCCUAUCUCCUCGGUUGGCUUGAUCACGGACGGCGUUCAGGCUGAGGAGAUCCUCGACAAGAAGCAGGCCGACAUCAUCUGCUGCGCUCGCGAGUUCCUCCGCGACCCCUCGCUUGUCCUCAACUGGGCGCAGGAGCUCGGUGUCGUCGUCAACGUGCCCGUCGAGUACCAGCGCGCUUUCACCCGCAUGUUCACCAAGCAUGAGACGAGGCAGCCCGUCAAGAAGCACUAG